AUGAAUUCACUCUUUCUCAUAUUCGUAUACACCAUUGCCUUGCUAUACGAAUCUGCAAGUCUAGCAGGCAGAGACGAAAAGGACGCGCAGAAUAAUUGCGGAAAGCGCCAAAAAGUAAAACAUAUUUCUGCAAGAAUCAUCAAUGGUACCGAGGCUCUCCCGGAUCACUGGCCCUGGAUGGUCGCCAUCUAUAAUUCAGAAGACAACUUAAUAUGCGGAGGGGUCUUAAUUGGCGAAGAAUAUGUGGUAACGGCACCACAUUGUUUUCUAAAUCAAGACGCUCAUGAGUUUUCAGUUCGUCUGGGAACCACACUCAAAACCAAUGUUGCUCAAUGCUACACUCCGCAAGAUUCUAAUAUACGCGAAAAGAAAACCAGAAAUGCGGAAGUAUCUCCAAAAUUAGAUCAAGAAUACAAUGAGGAUCCUGAAAGCCAUGUGGUCUGUGUUGAAGUUGAAAGCAUCUGCACCCCUAUACAAGACAACUGUUUCCUCUUCAUGAAAGACAUUGCUGUUGUAAAAUUAAAAACAAAAGUCAACUAUACUGACUAUAUUCAGCCAAUCUGCCUUCCGAAAAACUGUGUCGAUCCCCCUGCAACAAGUACAUUUUAUGCUGCUGGCUGGGGACUAAUAUACGAGUAUUACAAUCCAUAUGAAUAUGAAGAUGAUCAUGAAGUCGAACAAGAAAUAGACGACCUUGAGACUCAGAAACCCAUAAACAAAACAUCAAGUGAAGGAACUAGCGUCGAAUCACAAACGGAACAAACAAAUUGGCUCACAUUUCGACGCCCCAACACACUGAUGGAACGAAAAUUAAAUCUCAUGGAUCAGGAUCAAUGCUGUGCCCAAAUGAAAAGCGAAGUUCCUGGCUACAUCAUUUGCACAAAUGGAGGAACAUGUUUUGGAGACAGCGGAGGACCUUUGAUGUACGAAGAUAACGGUCGGUGGACUCUUAUUGGUGUGACUUCUGAUGUGCCAAAUAACUGCUUUAACCCGGAGAGACCUUCGCUCUUUGUGAAGGUCUCGCACUUCGUGGACUCGCUUAUUUCGAAAUUUAUGCAACUUGGAAGUCACAGUGACAAAAAUGCCACGUGUGCUACGGAGGAUGCCCGUAAAAAUUGUGUAACGAGGUUCUUUCAGUUCUACAACGUGUCUUUAGAACCAUAAGCCGUCCUGAAGGCGUCUACCUUCUAUACGUUUUACAACACGUGUGUAGAACCAUAGGAGAUCCUGAAGGCAUCUACCUUCUCUAAGUUCUAGGACAUGUGUUUAGAACCACAAGAAAUCCUGAGUUAAUAAAACUCUAAGAAAAAAUGUU